AGUACAACUCUCAUUCAUGAAGCCUUUAGCUUCCCCGGCGCUCACAGAGGCCCUAUUGUCGUCUGCAAGCGUUGUUCCUAAAUACAUUUUUAUUUUUUUGCUACGGCAAUGGACUCUGAUGAUUCAGGGAGAGGAGGAUGGAGGACCAAACCAGUCCAGCAACAGAAAAACAAGAUGAAUAUGAAUAUUCUUCGUCAAGAAAAGCUGAUUGCUCAGAAGAAGAAAGAGAUUGAAGCCAGAAUGGCAGAGCAAGCAAAAAUGAAUGAGCAGCCUAAUAACAAACCUCUGCCGCUAAGCAGUGCUCCCAGUCCACAAGGGCCUUCCUCCAAUAAGUUUGUAAAUGAUGGAAGCUUCUUACAGCAGUUCAUGAAGAUGCAGAAGGACAAACCAAAUGUGUCUGGUUCCCCUAGUGAUACCAAGAUGUCCUCAGUUUCCACUUCAUCCCCAGGAAGUACUGUUUUACAAAAAAAGAACACAUUUGUUGGCCAGCGGCCUGGCGUCGGAGUUAGCAAAAUGCUUAGUCAGUUUAGGAGCUACUCACAGUCCAAGAGGAAUCCAAUUCUCAGCCAGAGGCCAAGCGUGUUUUCGUCUCCAGAUGAUGAUGAUGAUGACGAGGAGGAGGCUGAUUACGCCAGUUUCUUAGAAAUAAAAGUCUCUCCCCCAGAGGAUUCAGACACCAGACUCAUUAUUGACAAGAUGGCCUCUUUUGUGGCGGAAGGAGGACCUGAGCUAGAGAAAAGGGCCAAAGAAGACUACAAGGAUAAUCCUGUUUUUUCCUUUUUAUAUGAUAAGGGCAGCUUGGCGUAUCUGUACUACAGAAAAAGAGUUGCAGUAUUGAAGAAAUAUUUGGAGGGAUCUAAGAGGGCAUCGGAGAAUGUCUCCCCCCCAGUGGAUGCAGAAACCCAGCAAAUGGUUGAAAACCUGGCCAGAUUUGUGGCAAAGGGUGGCCCUGAGGUGGAAGACAUCGCUAUUGAGCGCAACCGAGACAACCCUGCCUUCAGUUUUUUGUAUGAUAUCCAAAGUCCAGCUCACCGUCUCUACAAAGAGAAGCUAGCGGAAUAUCGAGCCACAUCCUCCCAGAGUUCUUCUCCUCCAGCAGCAGACUCCAGAACUGAUGUUCAGAAACCAAGUGUUCCUCCAGCACCAGAAAUCCUUCCAAACAAUGUACCUACGUCUCAUAAUGAGGAUUCAGAAACGCCACCUGUCAAACGGAAAAGAAAGAGUAGAUGGGGGUCUGAAGAUGAUAAAGUCCAGUUGCCAAUUCCUCCUAUAGUAAUUCCUCAGGAGUCUAACGUCCAAGACCCCACCACACCAUCCCUUUCCGCCCAGGAGCUAAGUGGUCUUGGUUAUAAGAAGGGGAAGCCGCUUGGUCUGGUUGGAGUGACUGAACUAUCUGACGACCAGAAGAGACAGAUCAAAGAACAACAAGAGAUGCAGGAGAUGUAUGACAUGAUCAUGAAGCAUAAGCGUGCAAUGGCAGACAUGCAGAAGAUGUGGGAGAAGGCUAUUCGAGAUCACCAACAUGAGUAUGACAGUGAUGAAGAAGUGGAUCAAAUGGCUGGCACCUGGGAACAUCAGCUAAGAAAGAUGGAAAUGGAGAAAACACGGGAGUGGGCCGAGUCUUUGACGGAGAUGGGUAAAGGGAAACAUUUUAUUGGUGACUUCCUACCCCCUGAAGAACUUGACAAGUUCAUGGAGACCUUUAAAGCACUCAAAGAAGGUCGGGACCCAGACUACUCCGAGUACAAAGAGUUUAAAUUGACGGUGGAGAAUCUUGGUUUCCGAAUGCUCAUGAAGAUGGGCUGGAAAGAAGGAGAUGGUCUUGGAAGUGAUGGACAAGGAAUCAAAGCUCCUGUUAACAAGGGAACUACAGCUAUGAAUGGAGCAGGUUUUGGUGUUGAACGUCCAGCUGAGCUUUCGAAAGGUGACGAUGAAUAUGAUGCUUUUAGAAAAAGGAUGAUGCUUGCUUACCGCUUCAGACCUAACCCACUGAAUAAUCCACGAAGACCAUAUUACUGAUGUUUAUACUUUGUAUCGUUCUUUAAAACGUAAAAGCUACUCUCUGCAGCUCCCUCUGAUCUGCCUGGUGGUGAAGUGGACACUGUUUGGCUGUAUCAAUCUCUUUAAGUGUGUGUGUGUGUGUGUGUGUGUGUGUGUGUGUGUGUGUGUGUGUGUGUGUGUGUGUGUGUGUGUGUGUGUGUGUGUGUGUGUGUGUGUGUGUGUGUGUGUGUGUGUGUGUGUGUGUGAGAGAGAGAAAGAGAGUGAGAGAGAGGAAAUGGAAAGGAUGAAGCCGAAAAUUUAACACAAAUAUUAAUUCAGGAAAGUAACUGCUUUCUUUACAUAUUUGCUCACUGUUUUGUUACAUUUCAGAUUUUGUUCUGUUAAUUCUUUGCACUCCUAGCUGAAGAACAGUUCAGUACAAGUCCAAAUCUGCUUUGAGUAGGAUCCUCACUGUGCUAUAAGUGUUAUCUCCUUUCACUAUAUAUUGUAUUGCUCACAAUAAAAACAUCCUCUUACUUAA